CUUGGCUGGGCCCACUCUGUUCGUUGUCUUUCGAUCUGUUGGCGGCCCAUACCCAUCAACUGAUCUGUGAUCGACGACGUAUUGUUUCUAAAUAAAAUAAUCGAUUAGAUUUAAAGUGUUAGCACAUUCCAUUUUCAUUUAUACAAUGAGUUUCAAAGAAAUAAAUGACAGACUUAAACUUAUUGAAUUCCAUGCUAAUUGGAAUCUUGAAAAUACAUCUAAAACAUUUGCGCCACUAAAAGAGUCCAUUGAUGAGUAUCUCCAAAACAACGCAUCCAUUGAAGCACACUUUUUCAAUAGCUACAUAUGUAUGUCAGGUAUUAAGGGAAUAGGAUAUAAAGACAUUUUGGAAGCGAAAGAAAGCAAUGAAACAGCUUAUCGCCUGAUAAAUGAAAUAGAAAAUGAGCCAAUAAGAGAUGGUUAUAAAUCGAUAUAUUUGGCUAUGCGUUGCUGGUUGGCAUUGAAAAAUGAAAAGGAAUCAUUUAAGGAAUUGGAAGAACUUAAGGAACUAGAUAAAAAGCAUCAAGCAUCGGGAACACAAACGAUGUUCCAAGCUAGUAUUCACGCCACAAAAGGAUUUGCCUUUUCAAGAUUAUCAUUUGCUAGAUACUACGAAAGUGAAAUAGAGCUAAAACUAGCUACUGAUGCCUGUCCCGACAAUGUAGAAUGGUUGUUUAUGUUUGGACUCAUAAAGUGGCGAAAAGGUAAAAGUGGUCUUGGAAGAUAUUUUACUUCAUCUAAUCUAGAUAAUGUUGAAAUUAUUAUGAACAAAGUUUUGGAAUAUAAGUCUGAUCACGCCUACGCUAUGGCGAUUUCAGCAGAUAUAAAACGAAGAAAAUAUGAACAUAAAAACAAGGAAUUUCAAGAUUGUAAAGAUGCGAGUGACUUACAACCAGAAAGAAACCAAGAAUACUACGUUAGUAAAGAGCAUGAACUCUAUAAAACAAAACUCAAUGAUAUAAGUAAUAUAAUAUCAAUACUUGUAUCAUCAAUGCAUAACGCUCUCAGACCAAAAAUAUUGAGCAUAGUGGCACAAAGCUUUAUUCGAAUGGGUUCCGCGUAUUCUGUAAAAGAUAAAUCCAGUAGCACUGACAUUCAACAAACGGUUCCUAUGCCUAAAGAGCUGCGAGUCUUAUGCUCUUCUCAAUUGCAAUCCGGAUAUUUUUUAGCAGCCCGCAAUGUCAUCGAUUAUGCUAAAUCCCGCUUUAAAACUGCUGCAUGUAUAAUUUCUCAGGAAGCAGUACUUCGUCGCGAACAAAAUAAUACUGAACAAGAAUUGAGAUGUCUUGAAUUGGCUAUCAAAUUAAAUCCGGCCAACAUUGCAGCCAAGAUAGAAAAGACAGUUGCACUAACACGUAUUGGAAGACAAGAAGAAGCUUUAGAAAUUUACGAUACUCUUCCGCUUAAUUUCAAAGAUUAUCCCUUUGCAUAUUUUGAUAUAAAUUACGCAUUUGCAAUGUACUUGAACGCUGAACGUAAAUAUGAUGAGGCACUUUCAAAAAAUAAAAAGUGCUUAGAAAUCGCAUUCGAGUCGUUUGUAAAAGAAGGUACAUCAGAAUGUGUUGAAUUUUAUGAAGAACAAAAUAGAGGAAUUUGGUCCGUUAUUAAAUAUCUAAAAAGAAAUUGGGAGAUUAAGCGAAAGACGGACCCUUAUGAUAUUAAUCCCAAGCUUAAUCUUGCUGAACUCAAUGAAAAACUUCAAAAAUAUAGGAAUGCUUGUUUUUAUUAUCAAGAAGCCUUAGGUACACUUCUUCAAAGUAAUGAGCAACAUAAUCGGCAUCAAGAAUUAAAUAUCCGGAUUGGGUUAGCAAAUGUUACACUGAAGUCUGGUAACGUAAGCGUAGCAAGUACAAUGCUAGCAUUUCUGGACGGUAUGGAUGUGCGAGAAGAUGAAGCAGAUGAAAGGUUGAAAAUUCUUGACAUGAAGGCAUAUGUGGCAGUAGCUGAAGGCGAGAAGGCAGCUAAGUCAGGCGACCAAGAGGGAGCGUUAAAGCACUUCAUAAAAGCAACGAAAACUGGCAACCUACAGGGUGCAAAUAAAUUGUUAGCAUUAAUCGGAGAAAAUAAAUAUGAUAAACAUUUUUUUCUAUACUGUGCUUUAAUUAAACAAUGUGUCGCGGCAAACACUGGUAAGGACAAAUCAAUGUUGGAAAACGAUCUUCGUGAACUUGUGCUUUCUUAUGAUGGUGACUGUUUAAUGAAAAACACUUUAAAUGAAUUACGUCAAUGCCAACUUGAAAUGGAAUAUAAUUACUUAUUGUCUCGUCUAUACUCCUGUAUGAAGAUUAGUAUUGUAAUUAACAAAGCUCGUAGCAUAUUAAACUAUGCAGUGACAAUGUUUAGAGACAAAAAUUAUCCAGAGGCUAAGGAAAAGGAAGAAUGGAAAGACAAUUGCGAUUUCUUUAUAAUUUACGAUAGCACAGCAGAUGAAGUUGAAAACAAAAUUGUCAAAAAAUUAAAGAAGAGAGGAUGGACAGAUUUUCGAAAUAAGUUUACAAAUCUGUUAGAUUUUCUUGUGGCAAUCCAACCUGUAACCGAUCCUGUUAAUAACAACUGGCUGAUGGCUCUCAUCACACUGGAUAAUAUUCAAAAACAUCAGCAUUCUCUGAGCCUAUAUAAAAAUCGGGAUGGUGAACUGGUACGCGAGAAUGUCAAGAUUAUCGAAAUUGCUAGGUGUGCAUGUUUUCAUCUAAGAACAAUAGUGGAGGAAUUCUGCAAAUAUUAUACACCUUCUGGAUCACACUCAGGAGCUAAUUAGUAUGUCAUUGUCAAAAAACAAUAAAGAGAUAUAUAAUCUCAUAGGUGGUCUUCAUUCUAAGCAAUUUAUGUGCGUCGGUAGCACACGUGCUUGGAAAACUUCCAAUUUCUUGCAAAUAUGUCUAAAACUUUAGAUUUAUCAGGACCAGUGAACUACAAACAGAUACCUAAGUUUUUGAAUGGUUAGUUAAUAUAACUAUAUCGACUUGUAGAUUGGUUUGGUACAGUGGAACGGCAUGAUUUGCCAAUCUCAAAGUCAGGAAUUUUGUUUGUUCGUUUGUUUGUUUUUUCUUGCGUAAGGCAGAUUUAUCUGUAUUGCAGAUACAGAUUAAUUUUUAUUGUCCAAUAAUUUUGGAAAUUACAUUGCUCACUUGCUAUAUAAUUAUCUUCUUGAAUACUUUAAAUUAAACUCCCUUAUACCAGUUGUGUAAAAUGAGUACUUG